AUCGCCGCGCAGACUCAGUGGAAGUCUGUGUUAGCAGGAUGGCGUGUCUGAUAAUCCGAAAAACGGUGCUGUCGUUUGCGUUUGUGAACCUUUUCCCCCUUUUGGUCUCGUCUCUCUACUUUCAUAUCGGAGAGACGGAGAAGAAAUGUUUCAUCGAGGAGAUUCCCGAUGAGACCAUGAUUAUCGGGAACUACCGUACACAUCUUUAUGACAAGCAAAGGGAGGAGUAUCUUCCUGCCACUCAGGGUUUUGGAAUGUUUGUGGAGGUCAAAGACCCUGAUGAUAAGGUGAUUCUGUCCCGGCAGUACGGUUCCGAGGGUCGGUUCACCUUCACGUCGCACACACCAGGCGAGCACCAGAUCUGUCUGCACUCCAACUCCACCAAGUUUGCCCUGUUUGCUGGGGGCAUGUUGAGGGUCCACCUUGACAUACAGGUUGGAGAACAUGCCAACAACUAUGCUGAGAUCGCUGCCAAAGAUAAACUGACCGAGCUGCAGCUGAGAGUGCGACAGCUGGUGGAACAAGUGGACCAGAUCCAGAAAGAGCAGAACUACCAAAGGUACCGUGAAGAGCGUUUCCGCCAGACCAGCGAGAGCACCAACCAACGUGUUUUGUGGUGGUCCAUCGUUCAGACCCUUAUCUUGGUGGCCAUUGGAAUCUGGCAGAUGAGACACUUAAAGAGCUUUUUUGAGGCCAAGAAGCUGGUCUGAAGUGUGUGUGUGUGAAUAUGUGAAGGAUUGUUACUGAUGUCAAUUUUGGGUGUGGCACGGCUUAGUGAUUGUUUAGGGGUUUCUGGUGAGAAAAUUUGAGUCGGUCCACAUCGCCACCUUGUGUUCAACAUAUGGAGGCUGUUUGUGAUGAAAAUUUUCAAUAAAAUCUAAAAAGUUAUUGAGUCUCUGGACCUGGAUGUGAGGUGCACUUGCAUCAGGGUUGUGAGACAGAAGUGGAUUCAAAUAAAAAAGCGUCACCAAACUGACAAUUGUCUCAUUGGAGUCUCGCGGAAGGAAAACCUGCUUAAAGGGCUGCGCUUUGUCACUGCAUCCUGGAUGAAGUACAUCUUGUUUCCUCACAUGUGGGAUUUGGCAUUGUUUUUGUCCUGUCAAAACCUUCCAGAGAAACAAAUUGGGUGCUGCAGAACAGUCCUCUCUUACAGCAGUGAUUUCGAAAUAAAUCUGUCUUACCAAGAUCUACACUAUUGUGAUGUCCGUUUUUUUUUGCGAUACGGAUCUCCGCAAAAUACAGUAUAAAUACGGAUGAUGACGUGUCGUCCUCAGUUGGCUUUGGUUUUUACUACAACGGUUGUAUUUGUCAUCGCCUUCUAAAU